UCGGCAAAACAUCAAUACACAUUCAUGGACGCAUCACAGAUCGGCGGUGCAGUCGGCGUCGUCUUGUUUGUGAUCGUCUUCGUGGUGGUCGGCGCAUCGUUCGGCAAAACACGCAUCAGAGCUCGGAAAGGAAACGGUGGUGCUAACAUCCGCUCGAUGGACGCCGUUGCUGAUUCAAGGGAUGGCUUUAGGGAAGCUCUCACCCGCCGCGAGAUCAUCAACCGGGACUUCCAGCCUUAUGUUGACGCCAGCUCUGCACCAGCGACCAAAAUAACUCAAACUUUAAGUCCGUUCCCUGUGAAUCACUGCAAUGUGAACAGACUUUACCCAGAGUCCAAACAUGAACAAGAAUACGAGAACACUAAAAAUUUGUAUCCCGUGGGAAGCGACGGGUACGUUAUAAUGAACUCGUGGGAAGAAACCCGAAAUUUGUAUGCAAACGAGAUUGGCAACAGUCACAUAUAAAAGGACACCCUUCACGAAAUUUUUCAUGAGCAAACUAAAUCUCCCUACCAUAUAGAGCUCUAGGUUUCGGUCAAAUUAGAUAAAAUACGAUGACGAAUGCAACUAUAAUACAUUGUCACAGCGUCUGGUUCAAGAAACUGCAUUGCAAAGGCUCUCUCUCGAAAAAUUAAAAAAUUCUGUUUUCAAAAUUCGAUACCUCGAACAAUGGUAAAGAAUAAUCAUUGUGUAUAAUUUACUCUUGGCACAAAUAUUUCUUAUUUAUGUGCAAAAAUAUGUCAUGAGCUUCUAUUGAUCGCAAUCUCUAAUACGCAUGUCUGUAUAAGUUUAAUUUUUCUGUGAAUUCCCCUUGCUGUGACCCUGUUACUGUGAAUUCCGGUGAUUCAAUUGCAGAAGCGUUUUUACUUGUUUCUAGUUGAU